GAAGAAGAAGAAGAAGAAGAAAACAGAGAACAAGAAGAAGAAGACGACGAGACGCUUCAGUUUGUCUGGAAGUCCGAGAGAAGAUUUAACGACGAAACCGAGCCCAGGCAACGCUCGAGUGGAGGCCACGUGUUUGGAGUAGACCGGGACCAGAACCAGAACCAGGACCAGGACCAGGACCAGGACCAGAACCAGAACCAGGACCAGGAGAUGGAACAGAACCAGGACCAGGACCAGGACCAGGAGAUGGAACAGAACCAGAACCAGGACCAGGAGAUGGAACAGAACCAGGACCAGGACCAGGACCAGGAGACGGACCAGAACCAGGACCAGGACCAGAACCAGGACCAGGUCUCCUCAUCCAGCAGGACUAAAGCUGCUGGUCUGCAGAAACGUAAAGGCAAAGAGAAGCCCACAGGUUACCCCUGUGAUCAGUGUGAGAAAGUCCUCACCACUUCAUCAUCCUUGAAGAGCCAUAAGAGGAUUCACACUGGAGAGAAGCCGUACAAAUGUGAUCAGUGUGGGGCAGCUUUUACUAAAUCGGGUCAUUUAAGAGGUCACCAACGUAUUCACACUGGAAAGAAGCCGUACAAAUGUGAUCAAUGUGGGGCAGCUUUUACUGAAUCAGGUACUUUAAGAAGUCACCAACGUAUUCACACUGGAGAGAAGCCAUACAGAUGUGAUCAGUGUGGGGCAGCUUUUAGCACAUCAGGUACUUUAAGAAAUCACCAACGUAUUCACACUGGAGAGAAGCCGUACAAAUGUGAUCAGUGUGGGGCAGCUUUUACUAAAUUGGGUACUUUAAGAAGUCACCAACGUGUUCACAGUGGAGAGAAGCCGUACAGAUGUGAUCAGUGUGGGGCAGCUUUUACUGAAUCGGGUCAUUUAAGAAGUCACCAACGCAUUCACAGUGGAGAGAAGCCUUACAGAUGUGAUCAGUGUGGGGCAGCUUUUACUGAAUCGGGUGCUUUAAGAAGUCACCAACGUGUUCACACUGGAGAGAAGCCGUACAGAUGUGAUCAGUGUGGGGUAGCUUUUACCACAUCAGGUCAUUUAAGACGUCACCAACGUGUUCACACUGGAGAGAAGCUGUACAGAUGCGAUCAGUGUGGGGCAGCUUUUAUUGAAUCGGGUGCUUUAACGAGGCACCAACGUGUUCACAGUGGAGAGAAGCCGUACAGAUGUGAUCAGUGUGGGGCAGCUUUUACCACAUCAGGUAAUUUAAGAAGUCACCAACGUAUUCACACUGGAGACAAGCCGUACAGAUGUGAUCAGUGUGGGGCAGCUUUUACUGCAUCGGGUAACUUAAGACGUCACCAACGUGUUCACAGUGGAGAGAAGCUGUACAGAUGUGAUCAGUGUGGGGCAGCUUUUACUCAAUUGGGUAAUUUAAGAAGUCACCAACGUGUUCACAGUGGGGAGAAGCCGUACAGAUGUGAUCAGUGUGGGGCAGCUUUUACUGAAUCGGGUCAUUUAAGAAGUCACCAACUUGUUCACAGUGGGAAGAAGCCGUACAGGUGUGAUCAGUGUGGGGCAGCUUUUACUCAAUCAGGGGCUUUAACGAAUCACCAACGUGUUCACACUGGAGAGAAGCCGUACAGAUGUGAUCAGUGUGGGGCAGCUUUUACUCAAUCAGGGGCUUUAACGAAUCACCAACGUGUUCACAACGGAGAGAAGCCGUACAUGUGAUCAGUGUGGGGCAGCUUUUUAGUUUAAGAAGUCACAAUUGUAUUCAUAUUGGAUAAAAUGUGUGUAUGAGUUUGUGGCAGCUUUUUCUAGAAGUGUUCAUUAAAAUGGCACAGACAUGUUAGAAAAAAAACAGUGAUAGAAAUGUGUUUAAUCUGUUAUUCUGAGAGAAAGAAAUCUGAAGGUAUAAUUCUAAUAAGUUCAGUUUUAUGUUAGCUUUUUAAAAAUGGUUCUGCUUCUCUUGGCAAAUUAGUAACUUUUUUGUACUAUUUGUAUAUUAUAAAAUACAUUUUUUCACCAGUUUUGUCAUUGUUAAUGGAGAUAUAGAGAGAAAUAAAGUUAUUUGGUUCCAACGAAAUGAGGGCCUUUUUGCCCCCCUAAACGUACCACAAAAGUCACCAAAUUUUGAAUGCAAGCCAGGCCUGGCGAAAAAUGUGAUAUUUCAUGGUUUGCAUGAAUGGGUGUGGCCUAAUGGCUCAACAGCGCCCCCUAGAAAACUUCGUGCCUCAAGCCCCACAAUACGGUUUGACGUAUAUGCACGAAAAUCGGUACACACCUGUAUCAUGUCGCAACUUAAAGAAAAGUCUCUUGGCGCCAUGGCCGAAACCGAACAGGAAGUCGGCCAUUGUUAAUUAAUUGUGUAGUUUUGGCGAAAUUUAUGCCAUU